AUGGCCUCAUCCCAGACGCCCCUCCUCACAAACGAUGAUGACUCCUCCAUCUCCUCCUCGACCAUUGCCCGAAAAGCACAAUCCAGACAACGAGACAUAACCCGCUAUGUGGCUUUCUCCUCCGCCAUCCUGUCCUGCCUCUGCGCGGGUUCCAUUACCGCGUAUUCGCUCUAUGGCCACUUGUUCCAGGAACGACUCCGGUACACGCAGCUACAGGUCAACAUCGUGAUUAUCGCAGCCGAACUAGCUCUCUAUCUACCGGUACCGAUAUUUGGUUAUCUCUGUGAUCGUGUUGGACCUGCGCCGCUAUCAUUUGCGGCCUCGGUUAUGUUUGGUCUUGGAUAUCUGCUUGCGGCGUUGACAUACAGGAGUGGGGCGAAAGAUAUCAUGGGAUAUACACAUGAGAGGGGCUGGCCACUUUGGGUGAUGGUUGUAGCUUUUGUGAUUAUUGGCUUGGCGACUACGGCUAUGUAUAUCAGUGCCGUUACUACUUGUGCGAAGAAUUUUGGCCGGGGGAAGUAUAGAGGGUUGGCCUUGGCUUCUCCCAUUGCUGCGUUCGGGCUCUCCGGGAUGUGGCAAAGCCAGGUUGGGAGUCGGAUUUUAUAUGAGAGGAAGUUCGACGGGACCAGGGGUGAUGUAGAUGUGUUCAAGUUCUUCUUGUUUUUGGCUAUCACGCUGGUUGUGGUGGGCUUGCUUGGGACAUUUACAUUGAAGAUUGUAGAUGAAGAUGAGUUGAUCGAUGAAGCUGUGGAGGAGCUUGAGAGGAGCGGUCUUCUGGAGGAUAGUGAGUUCUUUAGACGAGGAGAAGAUAGGGGUUAUGGCUCUAUUGAGAGUGGUGACGAAGAGGCUGAAGAAGCUCGCCGAGUUGAAGAGGCAAAAGCUCUGGAAGAGGAAGAGGCUCGGAAGAAGACCUGGCUCUUGAACGAGGAGACCCGUAGGUUUCUGAAAGACAAAACCAUGUGGUGCCUCGCUGCGAGCUUCUUCUUCAUCUCCGGCCCCGGGGAAGCAUUCAUCACCAACUUGGGUACCAUAAUUGGCACCCUAUACCCUCCCGGCCGCGACCCAAACCGCAUCCCAACCUCAGCCGCCACCCAUGUCUCCAUCGUAGCAAUCACCUCAACCAUAGCACGUAUUCUCUUCGGAUCCCUAACCGACCUCCUCGCCCCGACAACGGUACGCCACCACUACGGCUCCGUCUCUAACUCGCUCUCCUCGCUGCCCCCACGCCCGCUCCACAAACCCUUCGCCAUCUCCCGCAUAGCGUUCCUCCUCGGCACGGCCCUCCUACUCUCCCUCGGCGAAGUGAUUCUCGCCUCGGGCGCUAUCCAGAACCACGGCGAGCGCUUCUGGAUCGUGUCUACGCUCAUCGGCUCGGGCUACGGCGCGAUAUUCAGCCUCACCCCCUUGAUAAUCACCGUGAUCUGGGGCGUCGAGAACUUUGGUACGAAUUGGGGCAUCGUGGCUAUGGUUCCUGCAUUGGGAGCUACGGUGUGGGGAGUUGUGUAUUCUAAUGUUUAUCAGUGGGCUGCGACGAUUCCUUCAUAUAGCCAGGAUGAUGCGGAGGACGUGUUGUGCUAUGGGAAGAGGUGCUACGCGAGUACUUUUUGGGGCAUGGCGGCGAGUGUGUGGAUCGGGUGUGCGCUUUUGGUGUAUGCGUGGAAGGGGAGGGAUGGGUGGAGUAGGAGGGGAAUUGCAGUGUAA